AAAAUGGCCUACAAACUCCAAUGAAGGGUGGGAAAAUCGUGAGGGAAACUAUUUUGCUUCAAACAGAGUCCAGUAUGAGUAAGGCCUUCAGUUCCAUGCUUCAAGGAGAGUUAUGCAUUUCGUUGAGGGGAAGAGAAGCGUACUAGGGGUUCAAAUGCCUCACAGCGAUCCUCAUCCGAAAAAAAUGUUUAUGAGAAAUCAGUGUCGGAAUCGAGAGCGAGACAUUGAAUCAGUGUCGUCCGCAAGCUGUCGAUGAGCGGAGUCUGAAUCGAAGAAGUGGUGUCCUAAUACUUGCACGGCAGUGCUCCACCCGUCGAGGCGAGGUGAGCAAUGGUGGGGGCGGAAUUUAAACUCGGUGAUUGCCGAAAUUGGAGAGAAGCCGAGUACAAGACGGCAUUACGAGCGGAAAGAAUCGCAAAAUCGCGGACUGUUUUUUCUGCCAUUUUCACUCCAUGUAAAUCAUCUUCUCCGGAAAUGGUCGCCACGGCUUCCAGCGACGGACGUGUUGCAGUCUACUCCAUCGAGCCUCCCGGCUGUUCCCAACUCAAAAAAGUGGACGAGAGCGAAUUGCAAUUGCAAUGUCCAGCAUCGUCGGAGCCAUUAAUCACCCUGGGAAAGCAUGAUGGCCCUGCCUACGACUUGCUCUUGUAUGGAGAGGGAGAGAAUUCGCUUCUUUUGAGCUGUGGCGAUGACGGUCGUAUACAGGGAUGGCGGUGGGACCAAGUCUCAGAACGUUUGCGAGCUGGAGAGAAGUCCGGGGAUCCAGUCGUUGACCUGAAGAAUCCACAACAAAAGGGUCCCCGGAGUGCUCUUUCACCAAUUCCAGAAACAAAUGCUCUAGCAGCCGAUGUACAGGCCAAUCGUCUAUACUCAGCAGCUGGUGACGGAUGUGCAUAUGCUUGGGAUAUGGAGACUGGGCAGUCAGUUAUGGUUUAUGAUGGGCACUCCGACUAUCUGCACUGCAUAGUUUCAAGAGCUUCUCAAAAUCAGAUUAUUACGGGUUCUGAGGACGGCGCGGCAGUUAUAUGGGAUUGCAGAUCGGGAGAGCGCGUUGCUAUUUUAGAUCCCUAUAAAGCUGUGAGAGUGACCAAGCGUUCCAAGGAUAAGUCACCGUGGGUUAGCUGCAUGGCCUUGGAUUCAAGUGAAAAUUGGCUGGUUUGUGGCAAUGGAGGACGCUGCGUUACUUUAUGGAGCCUGCCUGGUUUGGAUGCCGUGACCCGCAUUGCCACUCUUGCCGUUCCACAAGCCGUAACAAUCACGGAUGAUCAGAUAGUUACUGUUGGAGCCCAGCCACAUCUGUCUCGUUGGAGUUUUGGAGGCAACCUUCUUUCACAAGUGAAAAUUGCUCCACCGUCUGCGUUAUCAGUAUCGGUCCACUCGUCAGGGACAACUGCUAUAGCAGGUUAUGGAGGUUUGGUGGACAUUAUAACGGAGUUUGGAAGUCAUCUGUGCACGUUUCGCUGCUAUUCAACGAGCUCAUUAUGAGCCAGGUCGAGUGUUCGGCCGUUUCCACAAAGGAGAGGAUAAUUGGCACGAAAGUUAUUGAACGACAGACCCAGAUUUGCCAUUCCAGAGAUCAAGAUGCUUCGAGGAUAUAUUGCUGCAGGCACUCAUGUCACCCAUAUAUCUGAGAAGAAGACAACUCGACUCGAACAAGCUGUAGAAUCAUGACUUAGCUUAGUCCGACUUCUAGAAACUUUAUUCUCGGCUGUUGGUUGUUGCUUUACGACUGACGCAGUAGAUAGUACAGAGCAGCAGAGGGAAGUCGACAUCAAACUGGAGUUUGUAGCUGUAAAUACAGUCGGAGUUCAUACAGACUUCACAUUUUUGUUACGGAAGCCCGAGUGGAGUCAGUGAGCUAGUGCUUCUUGGUUUCGCACCCCUGUAGUGUAGACAAACGUAGGGUAUUGAAGGGCCAUUGUGCGUGAAAUUCCGUUGAAGAAAGCAGGAUAACUGAGACGAAUGUCUUAAUUCCUGCCUUUCUUGCUGUAAGUAAAAUGACUCAAUACAUGCCAGGCCUGACCGGUCAGCAGGGGCUUGCCCUGUGC